CUCGCCACCCUCCCAACCCCAGACACCCCCAUCGCAUCUCUCUCCGCCGCGUGCUCUCCUCCGGACGGGUCAUGUCGUCCGAAGCGGCGGAGUCGUCGCGCGCGCGGCAGGUGGAGGAGUCCGACCACGAAGAAGACGAGGUGGAGCCGCCGCUGGUGCGGCAGCGCCCCUGGGUGAUCCUCGCCUCCGUCCCCGUCAUCGUCGGCAACAAGGACGAGCAGGCCGAGAAGAUCCUCCCGGGCACCGACUUCCUGCUGGAUUUCCAGGACCCGCCGCGACCCUCCUACCUGGUCCUGCCCAAGCGCAUCGCCCCCGACCCAACGUUUGACCGCUGCUUCCCCUACAUCAUUGCCACCGAACCUUCCGGCCGCCUCCUCUUCCACGCCACGCAGGGCCGAGGCAUCCUCAACACCGCCUACUUCCUCUGCGACGCGCACACCCGCACCGCCACCCGCCUCCCCGACGCCCCCAAGCUCUUCCCGAGCCGCAGCAUCGGCCUCAUCGCCGACCCUCGCCGUGCAGGCCAUUACAUGGUCGCCCAGCUCCACCCCAGGUCCAGCACCUGCCACGAGACCCUGCUAUACUACUCCACCGACACCGACAAGUGGGCCGUCAAGCGCCUCGCCACCUCCCCGGAGCAUAAGCCCUGGCGCUCGCACGGCGUCUUCUCCCACGACGGCAUGCUCUGGUGGGUUGACGUCGCAUACGGCAUGCUCGCCUGCGACCCCUUCCCCGACCACCCGGACCUACGCUUCGUCCCGCUCCCGGUCGGCUCCGAGAUCGAUGAAUCGGUCUUCCGCAAUCCCAGAGUCUUCAUCGACGAGCGCCGCUGCAUCAGGCUCAGCAAAGGAAAGCUGCGUUUCGUCGAGAUCCACGCCCCAUACAACCCGGUGGCGGCUGUCAGCACCCUCUCGGACAACACGACGGUCUGCAUGUGGACGCUUGUCGACCCGGAGGGCCCGCAUCAUUGGAAGUUCGAGUACGAGGCGCCAUUCGCCGAGAUCUGGGCCGACGAGAGCUACAUCACGGCCGGGCUGCCGCCGCAGAAGGUCCCCGCGCUCGCUCUCGUCCACCCCAGCAACCACGAGGUCGUCUACUUCUUCCACGGUUCGUCGCUCUUCGCCGUGGACAUGCGCGCGAGGCGGGUCCUGGCCUGCGAGGCAUGCUUGAUAAGCCCUCAUUUGCAACUCCAGUUCCAAACCUCUCGCUUCGUCGAUGCUUGGGAGCUGCCACCCACGCUUCUUGGGCUUGAUCCUUCAGCUGCUGACAUGGAAGGGCCUGAUGAUGAGGAAUUAUCUAUGGCGGAUCUGGUGAUAGGAUCUGAUGAGGAAUCAGCAUCUCUGGUGAGUGAGAUGGAGUUCAAGAGCCAGGCGGACGAGGACCGUUCGUUGGGGGAGCUGAUGAGCAUGCUCAAGGACAUGGCACCAGAAUCAGCACCGCAGCCAUCUCUUGACCAAGCUGAUGAACCAUGAAG